ACGUACUUCCUCUUCAUAUCGGCUAAGGGGGAAACAACAUCAGAUAACCCCGGCCUGAAGCUAAAAACAUCAGUACUCCGUGUUCUUAUCAACUUUUACAACCAGAAACACAUUUCUUCUUUAAGUGUAACUUCUUGAACACACAAUGCCUCAGAACGAGCACAUUGAGUUGCACCGCAAGCGGCAUGGCUACCGCCUGGACCAUCAUGAAAAGAAAAGGAAAAAGGAAAGCAGAGAGGCUCACGAGCGCUCCCACAAAGCCAGGAAGAUGAUCGGUUUGAAGGCCAAACUGUACCACAAACAGAGAUACGCCGAGAAGAUCCAGAUGAAGAAAACCAUCAAAAUGCACGAACAGAGAAACACCAAGCAGAAGAAUGAUGACAAAACUCCUCAAGGUGCAGUUCCAGCGUAUCUGUUGGACAGAGAGGGACAAUCUCGUGCAAAAGUUCUUUCUAACAUGAUCAAACAGAAGAGGAAAGAGAAGGCUGGAAAAUGGGAGGUGCCCCUACCAAAGGUUCGAGCUCAAGGAGAGACAGAAGUGUUGAAAGUCAUCAAAACUGGGAAGAGGCAGAAGAAAGCCUGGAAGAGGAUGGUCACAAAAGUCUGCUUCGUUGGAGAUGGUUUCACAAGGAAACCUCCCAAAUAUGAGCGUUUCAUCAGGCCCAUG